AUGGUUCUUGCUCUAGCUGCUAUACAUGGAUGGAAGCUUGCUCAUCUUGAUAUUAAUAAUGCUUUCUUAUAUGGUGAACUUGACGAAGAAAUAUACAUGACUCCACCACCUGGUUUGAUUGUUCCAGAAACUCCACAAGAAUCUGGAAUGCUUGUUUGCAAGCUGAAAAAGUCUCUUUAUGGCCUUAAGCAAGCUUCUAGGCAAUGUGAUGAUACUCAGAUAACAAGCUUCAAAGAGUUUCUCACUAACCACUUCAAAUACAAGGAUCUAGGCACACCUAAAUACUUUCUGGGAAUUGAAAUUGCUAGAAAUCACAGUGGAAUUUUCAUUUCACAACACAAGUAUGCAUUGGAUCUGGUUUCUGAUGCAGGUCUUCUUGGCUGCAAACCCUCUGCUAUCCCUAUGGAUUCAUCUAAAAAACUGCAACAAGAUGAGGGAGGGCCUCUUUCUGAUCCUACUGCCUAUAGAAGACUCAUUGGCCGUCUAGUGUAUCUCUGCAUAACUAGACCUGAUAUCACCUUUGCAGUGAACAAACUCAACCAAUUCUUGUCUAAACCUUGUUCAGGGCAUAUGCUAGCUGCUGAAAAAGUUCUUAAAUAUUUGAAAUGCACACUAGGCCAUGGAAUUUUUUACUCAGCUAAUGCAGAUCUAUCCUUGAGCAUUUUCUCUGAUGCAGACUGGGCUGCAUGUCCAGACACAAGAAGAAGCAUAUCUUGUUUCUGCUUAUUCUUGGGAAGCUCUCUGAUUUCUUGGCGUUCAAAGAAGCAGCACACGAUUUCCAGAUCCUCAGCUGAAGCAGAAUAUAGAGCAAUGGCUUUGGCAUGCUGUGAAGUAGUUUGGAUUGUAGCUUUAUUAAAGGAUUUUGGUGUUCCUGUGAAGCAACCUAUUCCCCUUUAUGGUGAUAAUCAGGCAGCAGUUUACAUUAACUCCAAUCCGGUGUUUUAUGAGCGUACUAAACACAUUGAAAUCGACUGCCACACUGUUCGAGAAAAGCUACUUGAAGGGGUUAUCAAGCCUAUACAUGUCCAUAAUCAUCUUCAGCUUGCUGGUAUAUUCACCAAGCCUUUGGCAUCACUCCCUUUCAUAAUAUGUUGGUCAAGAAGGAUUUUACAACGGUGUAUAGUCCAUCUUGAGGGGGGCUCUCAGAUUAAUCAUCAAGAAGUGAUUCAACUCCGAGAAGCUGAUCAUCUAUGA